AUGGACAAUCUCGAAAAACAAAAAGAACACCCCUUCCACCUCCCCCACAUGCGCACCGCCGGCUCUUCGUCGUCGGACCGGGCUUCGGACGAAGUCACGUUUGCCCACCGCGAACACGAUGCCGAACAACACGCGCGGAGCAUGGACCCUAACCCACAAGUGCCCUACCCGUAUCAUCAAGAGCAUGGCCCGCCUAUCGACAAUGCGCUCAAAUACAGCGAGGCGGAGGAAGACUACCAGCACCACAAGAACCUGCUGUGGAGUCGCAUCAGGCACCAUUUGAGAGACCCGUUCGCCGAGUUCAUGGGCACAUUCAUCAUGAUCCUGUUUGGCGACGGCAGCGUGGCGCAGGUGACAUUGAGUGCGAAUCCCAAUCUACCCCCGAGCAGUCAAAACAAGGGUGAAUAUCAGUCCAUAUCCUGGGGGUGGGGCAUCGGUGUCAUGCUGGGUGUCUACGUCGCAGGUUGCGCAGGAGGCCAUUUAAACCCGGCCAUCACAUUUGUGAACUGCCUGUAUCGCAAGUUUCCGUGGUACAAGUUCCCCAUUUACGCGGCUGCUCAGGUGCUGGGCUGCUUCUGCGGCGCGGCCGUCAUCUACGGCAACUACAAGUCGGCGAUCGACGCGUAUGAAGGGGGCUCGUCGAUCCGCACCGUCCCCGGCUUCUCGGACCAUGCCACGGCGGGCGUCUUCUGCACCUACCCACAACCGUUCCUGACAAAGACGGGGCAAGUGUUUUCCGAGAUCAUCUCGAGCUCCGUGCUGGUGUUUGUCAUCUUUGCCUUGAAGGACGAUGCGAACCUGGGAGCGGGUGUAAUGGUUCCUCUCGGAUUGUUCUUCUUGAUCUUCGGCAUUGGAGCAACCCUUGGCUGGGAGACCGGCUAUGCCAUUAAUCUGGCUCGAGAUUUUGGUCCCAGGCUAUUCACCUAUUUCGUGGGCUAUGGCCAUGAAGUGUGGAGCGCCGGAGGAUACUAUUUCUGGGUUCCCAUGAUCUGCCCCUUCAUUGGAUGCACCUUUGGCGGCUUCUUGUACGACACUCUGAUUUACACAGGCGAAUCCCCGAUGAAUACUCCUUGGAUGGGUAUCAAGCGGCUUGUUCGUCCAUCCCGCAAGGGAAUUAUGGAAGCCAUUACCGGCAAGCCGGCAAAGGAUGUUUGA